GCCCUUUCGCGUGUCCGCACUCCCUCCCCUCUCCUCCUCCUCCAUUUUGCGAUCUCGAGUCUGUGACGGGAGCCCGAGUCGCCGCCCGCCCGUCGGGGACGGGUUCUAGUGGGUGGAAGGAGAGCCGCAGCCGGAGCGGCCGGCCAGGCGCCGGGACGGAGGACGCGCGCCCGAGACCCGGCCCGAACAGACGGGCUCGGGGCAGGGGGCUGGCUUGUCAGCGGAGAAAUGCAAGACUUUAUUAGAUAGGGGCUCCCCCCACCCGUGGAGAAGGGGGCGGCUGUUUACUUCCUUUUUUUAGGAAAAAAACCAUCUCCCUCUUGCUUUCACAUGCUAAGUUGUUUAUCUCGGCUGCCGUGGGAGCUGCGGACGGUGGUGGGUGAGCGGCGCCUCCAGCAGAGCUGAUAUUCGUUGAUGGACCCGAAGGAAUCAUUAACCUCCGUCAGAGAAGAAAUCCCUAGCAGUGUGCUUGUUGGGGAGAGGGGAAAUGUAAUGGACCUUUAUAAAACCCUAAGGGGCGGAGCUACCGUGAAGGUUUCUACAUCUGCCUCCUCACUGGCUGCUGCUUCUCAGUCAGACUCCAAGCAGCAAAGACUUUUGGUCGAUUUUCCAAAAGGCUCAGGAAGCAAUGUGCAGCAGCCAGAUUUGUCCCAGGCAGUUUCACUCUCUAUGGGACUGUACAUGGGAGAGACAGAAACAAAAGUGAUGGGGAAUGACCUGGGAUUCCCACAGCAGGGCCAAAUCAGCCUUCCCUCUGGGGAAACAGACUUUGGACUUCUGGAAAAAAGCAUUGCAAACCUCAGUAAGUCGACCAGUGUUCCGGAGAACCCCAAGAACUCAGCAUCUGCUACUGUUUCUGCUGCCCCCACAGAGAACGAGUUUCCAAAAACACAUUCUGAUAUGUCUUCAGAACAGCAGAAUUCGAAGAACCAGACUGGCACCAACGGGGGCAAUGUGAAGUUGUAUACCACAGACCAAAGAACCUUCGACAUUUUGCAGGAUUUGGAGUUUUCUUCUGGGUCCCCAGGUAAAGAGAUGAAUGAGAGCCCUUGGAGAUCAGACCUCUUAAUUGAUGAAAACUGUUUGCUUUCUCCUUUGGCAGGAGAGGAUGAUCCAUUCCUUUCGGAAGGAAACUUGAGUGAGGACUGUAAGCCUCUCGUUUUACCAGACACUAAACCUAAAAUUAAGGAUAAUGGAGAUCUGAUCUUACCAAGCCCCAGCAGUGUGACACUGCCCCAAGUGAAAACAGAAAAAGAAGAUUUCAUCGAACUCUGCACCCCUGGAGUAAUUAAGCAGGAGAAACUGGGCCCAGUUUACUGUCAGCCAAGCUUUUCUGGGGCAAAUAUAAUUGGUAAUAAAAUGUCUGCCAUUUCUGUUCACGGUGUGAGUACCUCUGGGGGACAGAUGUACCACUAUGACAUGAAUACAGCAUCCCUUUCUCAACAGCAGGAUCAGAAACCUGUUUUUAAUGUCAUUCCACCAGUCCCUGUUGGUUCAGAAAAUUGGAAUAGGUGCCAAGGAUCUGGAGAUGACAGCCUGACUUCCUUGGGGACUUUGAGCUUCCCUGGUCGAUCGGUUUUUUCUAAUGGCUAUUCAAGCCCCGGAAUGAGACCCGAUGCAAGCUCUCCUCCUGCAUCCAGCUCAGCAGCUGCAGGCCCGCCUCCCAAGCUCUGCCUUGUGUGCUCUGACGAAGCCUCAGGAUGCCAUUACGGGGUCUUGACCUGUGGGAGCUGUAAGGUCUUCUUCAAAAGGGCAGUGGAAGGACAGCACAAUUAUCUUUGUGCUGGAAGAAAUGAUUGUAUCAUUGAUAAAAUUCGAAGAAAAAACUGCCCAGCGUGCCGCUACCGGAAAUGUCUUCAAGCUGGAAUGAACCUGGAAGCACGAAAAACAAAGAAAAAGAUAAAAGGAAUUCAGCAGGCCACUACAGGAGUCUCACAAGAAACUCCUGAAAAUCCUAACAAAGCAAUAGUUCCUGCAACAUUACCGCAACUCACCCCUACCCUGGUGUCACUGUUGGAGGUCAUUGAACCCGAGGUGGUGUAUGCAGGAUAUGAUAGCUCUAUUCCAGAUACGACUUGGCGGAUCAUGACUACACUCAACAUGCUAGGUGGACGGCAAGUGAUCGCAGCAGUGAAAUGGGCAAAGGCGAUACCAGGAUUCAGGAACUUACACCUGGAUGACCAAAUGACCCUACUGCAGUAUUCAUGGAUGUUCCUCAUGGCGUUUGCCCUGGGAUGGAGAUCGUACAGACAAUCCAACGCAAACAUGCUGUGUUUUGCUCCUGAUCUGAUCAUUAAUGAGCAGAGGAUGGCUCUACCCUGCAUGUAUGACCAAUGUAAACACAUGCUGUUUGUUUCCUCUGAGUUGCAAAGGCUUCAGGUCUCUUAUGAGGAGUAUCUCUGUAUGAAAACCUUACUGCUGCUCUCAUCAGUUCCUAAGGAAGGGUUGAAGAGCCAAGAGCUAUUUGAUGAAAUUAGAAUGACCUACAUCAAAGAACUGGGGAAAGCCAUCGUCAAGAGGGAAGGAAACUCCAGUCAGAACUGGCAGCGGUUUUAUCAACUGACAAAACUCUUGGACUCCAUGCAUGAUGUAGUUGAAAAUCUCCUUCACUAUUGCUUCCAAACGUUUUUGGAUAAGACCAUGAGUAUUGAAUUCCCAGAGAUGUUAGCUGAACUGAUCACCAACCAGUUACCAAGAUAUUCAAGUGGAAACAUCAAAAAACUUCUGUUUCAUCAAAAGUGACUGCCUUAAUAAGAAAGGUUGCCUUAAAGAAAGUUGACUUUAUAGCUUUUAUUGUAAAAAUUAUCAGUUUAUCCUAUAGCGGUUCUGUUUAGUUUUCUUUUUUGUUCAUGUCUGGUUUUGUUUUUGUUUUGAAUACGCACUACAUGUGGUUUAUAGAGGGCCAAGACUUGGCAGCAGAGCAGUUGAGCCAUCACUUCUCAGUGAUGGGAAAAGUAGAAAGUGCUAGUUGGUGGAUCCCAGGAAUUACAAACAAUGACGUGGGGUGAUCUCCACUAUCAGAGAAGGGUGGCACCCAAACCACCAGUGCCCAGAGUCUACGUCAUGGACUUUCUGCUCAUAUUUUUCACAGUUGGCUGGAAAAAAUUUUCUAGACUUUUUGUUGGUGUAUUUCCCCCUGUAUAGUUAGGAUAACAUUUUUUGAUUUAUGCAUGGAAACCUGAAAACAAGUUUACAAGUGUAUAUCAGAAAAGGGAAGCUGUGCCUUUUAUAGCUAUUAUCAUCUGGUUUUAGCAAUUUCCUUUAUAUUCAGUGAACUACGCUUGCUCAUUUUUUCUUACAUAAUUUUUGUAUUCGAGUUACUGUACAGCUGUUUCAGAUGGGCAACUAGUUCAAAGCUUUCCUAGAUAAACUCUAAACAUUAAUCUUCUGUGUGAAAAUGGGUUGGUGCUUCUAACCUGAUGGCACUUAGCUAUCAAAAGACCACAAAAAUUGACUCAAAUCUCCAGUAUUCUUGUCAAAAAAGCUCAUAUUUUGUAUAUAUAUAUGCUUCAGUGGGGAAUUAUAUAGAUUGUGCAAAUUAACCGUCCUAACUGGUAUAGAGCACCUACCUAGUCCAGACCUGCUGGGUAAACUGUGGAUGAUGGCUGCAAAAGACUAAUUUAAAACAAACAAGAAAACUACCAAGAGGCCCUGUUUGUACCUAAUGCCCUAUCCCUGCAAUGGUUAGAUGGCACGAAAGUUAGUUUACUGUCUUUCAGGACCUUUUGUUGUAGUUUAUAUAACUUCUUAAAAGUUAUGAUUCCAGAUAACCAGCUGAAAAAAAGCUGAGAGAUUUUAAUCAGACCAAGUAAUUCCUCUCACUUUACCCAAAAAAUAAAUCUCUAAUAAGGCAGAAGUGGCUAGACACCCAUUUUCACAUUCCCAUCUGUCACCUAGUAGUCUACCCUUCCUGGUGGUACAGGAAAGCUCAGCUACUGAUUUCUGUGACUUAGACUGUGUGUCCGACUUCCAUGUUUGUAAACUAUACACAUCCCCGUCCCCGUGUGUGCCAUAGUUUAACAAAAGUCUUGUGAAUUUCUCCUCCUCACUGCUGAGACUUAAUCAUUUUAAACAAAUAGAAGCUGUAGUAGCCCUUUCUGUGUGCACCUUACCAACUUUCUGUAAACUCAAAACUCAUAUUUACUAAGCCACAAGAAAUCUGAUUUCUAUCCAAGGUGGCCAAAUUAUUUGUGUAAUAGAAAACUGAAAAUCUAAUAUUAAAAAUAUGAAACUUCUAAUAUAUUUUUAUAUUUAGUUAUAGUUUCAGAUAUAUAUCAUAUUGGUAUUCACUAAUCUGGGAAGGGAAGGGCUACUGCAGCUUUACAUGCAAUUUAUUAAAAUGAUUGUAAAAUAGCUUGUAUAGUGUAAAAUAAGAAUGAUUUUUAGAUGAGAUUGUUUUAUCACGACAUGUUAUAUAUUUUUUGUAGGGGUCAAAGAAAUGUCGAUGGAUAACCUAUAUGAUUUUAGUGAGUGUAAGCAUUCAUAUACGCAGUAGUGGUCUCGAAAACCAAACAGGUUUGCUCUAGGCCCUAGAGUCGAGGGGACGAGGGAGAUGGAGACUGACCCUGUGUGCAGAGAAGGUGGCUGAGGCUCCACCCCGCUCAGAUCACAGAGGAAGUAAUCCUCUGCCUCCCAGAAUGACCACCCUUCUCAUUCCAACGGUGAUUCUGGCGGCGCAGGCUUAGUUGACUAAAUCUCCCCUUGCGCUAAGUGUGUGAGCAGGAGAUGGAAAGGUGGUGCUUACCCCCAGACGGUCACCAUCUAACAGUGUGUUACUUUCACAUGCAAGCCUCUCCGGCAGUUUAAUAAAAACAGAGGCUUUAGAAGUUUGGCAAUAAUAGGCAUAGAGGUACCAGCAAUAUGUAAAUAGUGCAGAAUCUCCUAGGUUGCCAAUAAUACACUAAUUCCUUUCUAUCCUACAGGAGUUCAUUUCCAAACAAAAUGAGGAUGUUUAUGUUUUCUUUGAAUGCUUUUUGAAUGUUAUUUGUUAUUUUUCAGUAUUUUGGAGAAAUUAUUUAAUAAAUGUAAUAAUUUGCUUUUUGAAUGCUCUCUAAAAGGGAAUGUUCCUUUUCUGUAAUAGUUUAAAUUGAUCUCAAAGUAUUUUAAGAUGGUUUGUAACCCAGCUGGAUGUGAAAUUUUUGGUGCCUAAGAAAUACCGCUUGAAUAUUAUUAUCAAUGACAGUGUUAAGAAUCAAAAAGAACUUCUGAAAGGUAAAUUUUAUUCAUUUAUAAUGUUAAUAUGGUUAAAACCAGAAAGCACAUCACACAUCAAUCAUGUUUUAGUCCCAGCAUCCUCAGCUCUUAAAAAAUAGAGGUUGGUGAAAAAAAAAGAUACGUGCACUUUGUUGUUAAAAAGAAAUCAACUGACAUUCAUACAACUAUAGGAGGCUGGACAUUGAAUGGAAAAAGAAGCUGUGCCCUUUUUGAAUACGUGGGAAAGAAGAAAGUUACCUUAAUUAUGUUGUUCCUAUGAGUAUAAUUAUGGAUUUAAGUGAAAAAAGAUGGUGCUAUUUGAAAGUAGCUUCAUUUUCUAUGUAGGUGGUAUCUUGCCAUCCCAAACUAUUUAAGUUUGUAGUAAUGUCAGUGAGAGUUGGUGACAGGCCUGGGUGACUCACAACAGAUCCUGAAAAGUAUUUUUAAUUACUGGUGGAACAAAGUGACCCUCUUGGUGUUUUUAGGCCUUGCUGCGGGGCGCAAGUGCUUUUUGGGGUAUAUAGACCCAACUGUCUAAGAUUAUAGGAGGGGAACCUCAAAGAGCACUUGCUUUCUGGGAAAAAAAAAAACAAAAAACAAAAAAAAAACACCUCACCCCAAAGGGUCUAUGAAGAGCUCGGCCACUAGCAUCAGGUUGAUUCUGGAGGCAAAUCUAAGGAAAGCCAACCUCACUGCAGAACUGGGGGGUGGGAAGGGUAAGCAGUUCCAAUCUUACUUAUCUAGACAACCUAGUAUCAUUGAGUCUUAUCAUUUUAGUUCUGUUAAAUACCCUAAAACUCCAUCUCCAUGGAAUGAACAUUAUUACACUAUGAUCUGUCAAAAGUCAAGAAUCAUGGCAGCCCUCCAUGGACUUUGAUCUCGGUUGGUUGUUCAGAAGACUGUAGCUGUAGAUGAAUGUGUCUUUAUGUGCCUGGUUUGAGAGUUGAAAGGGAAAAUGAGAGAGUAAGGGGGACACUUUAACCACUUUGAGUGGAAGUUGCAUCAUUUUCCAGACUAUUCUCAGUCGGCCUGGUACACCAGGGAUUAGUGGCCAGGUUUUUUGGGAAAGGAUUAGCUUCUCUCUAGGAAAGAAGGAUUUUAUUUUCUGAUGAAAGGCUGUAUGAAAAUACCCUCUUCAAAUAACUUGCUUAACUACAUAUAGAUUCAAGUGUGUCAAUAUUCUAUUUUGUAUAUUAAACAAAUGCUAUAUAAUGGGGACAAAUCUAUAUUAUACUGUGUAUGGCAUUAUUAAGAAGCUUUUUCAUUAUUUUUUAUCACAGUAAUUUUAAAAUGUGUAAAAAUUAAAACCAGUGACUCCUGUUUAAAAAUAAAAGUUGUAGUUUUUUAUUCAUGCUGAAUAAUAAUCUCUAGUAAAGAAAAAAAUGUCUUUUUACCUACACAGUGAAAUGUCAGAUUGUAAAAUCUUGUGUGGAAAUGUUUAACUUUUACUUUCAUUUAAAUUUGCUGUCCUGGUAUUACCAACCCACACAUUUGUACUGAAUUGGCAGUAAAUGUUAGUUAGCCAUUUACAGCAAUGCCAAAUAUGGAGAAACAUCACAAUAAAAAGAUCUGCUUUUUAAUUA